AUGGAGGCGGCGCCGCGCGUCUCCUUCGGGGUGGUGGCGGACAUCCAGUACGCAGACGAGGAGGACGGCUGCGACUUCUGGGGGCGCCGGCGGCGGUACUACCGGCACAGCCUCCGCCUGCUGCGGGCCGCCGUGGAGGCGUGGGCAGCCGAGCAGCCGCCGCUCGCCUUCGUGCUGCAGCUGGGCGACUGCAUCGACGGCGUCAACGCGCGGCGCGGCGCGGCCGAGGGGGCUCUGGAGCGGGUGCUGGCGGCGCUCCGGCGGCUGCCGGUGCCGGUGCACCACGCCUGGGGCAACCACGAGCUGUACAACUUCUGCCGGAACCGCCUGGCAAGCAGCGGCCUCAACAGCCGCCCCGCCGCCGCCCCCGCCGCCGGGCCGCCCGCCGGGCCGCCCGGGGACUGCCAUGCCUACCACUUCAGCCCGGCCCCGCGCCUCCGCUUCGUCCUGCUCGACGGCUACGACCUGAGCGUGCUGGGCAGGGACCCGGCCAGCCCCCGCCACCGGGAGUCCUUGCGGCGGCUGAGGGAGAAGAACCCCAACGAGAACCUCAACAGCCCGGCAGGGCUCAAAGAACCUCAGUUUGUAGAGUUUAAUGGAGGAUUUAGCCAAACCCAGCUGGACUGGUUCGAUGAAGUUCUCAAGUUCUCUGAUGAAAACCAAGAAAAAGUUGUAGUUAUGGGUCAUCUGCCCAUUCAUCCAGAUGCUUCAGACAAAGUUUGUUUAGCGUGGAAUUACGAAGAUGCGCUUUCUGUCAUACACUCUCAUCAAUGCGUCGUCUGCUUUCUUGCAGGACACCUGCAUGAUGGUGGCUAUUGUUUAGACUCACAUGGUGUUCAUCAUCUGACUUUGGAGGGGAUUAUUGAAACUCCACCAGAAAGCAACGCCUUUGGAACUAUUUAUGUCUAUGAUGAUAAAAUGGUAUUAAAGGGAAGGGGCAGAAUUUCAGACAGAGUUAUGUAUUUCUAAAAACGGUAAGCAUACAUAUACAAAUUGUUCUUCAGGAAGUAGUCAGACUAAAAAGUAUGGGAUCCAGCAUAUUCUUUGCUUGUAGAAAGAUCUACACAGCUGAUCCUUACAGCUUUAACUUAUGUUUUUCUCUCAGAUACAGAAUUCUAAAAAUUAUACUUGUGUAAGAAACCAGACUUAGUUUCUUCUUGGAGAAUAGAGAAGGCCAGUAACUGUGUCUGAAAUAAAUAUACUUGAAUGCAGAAUGUUGACUUGAACCACCCAAUCUUGAACAGAUUGUUACAUACUGUGGAAAAAAAAUCACUAGUUGUUCGG